CCCAAUACGGAAGCAGUGGGAUCCCAGCGAUCCGAAAGCUGGUGGGUCCGACCAUGGGGGAGCCCUGGGCGGCCCGGGGCACAGAAGGAGCGCCCGCGCGGAUGCCACUGGUGCUCACCGCGCUGUGGGUCGUCGUCGUGGUCCUGGAGCUGGCCUACGUCAUGGUGCUGGGGCCUGGGCCACCCCCAUUGGGACCACUGGCCCGGGCCUUGCAACUGGCGCUGGCAGCUUAUCAGCUGCUCAAUCUGCUGGGCAACGUGGGGCUCUUCCUGCGCUCGGAUCCCAGUAUUCGGGGGGUGAUGCUGGCUGGCCGCAGCCUGGGCCAAGGCUGGGCUUACUGUUACCAGUGCCAAAGCCAGGUGCCACCACGUAGUGGGCACUGCUCUGCCUGCCGUGUGUGUAUCCUACGUCGUGACCAUCACUGUCGCCUCUUGGGCCGCUGUGUGGGCUUCCAUAAUUACCGGCCCUUCCUGUGCCUCCUGCUUCACGCUGCUGGUGCCCUGCUCCACGUCUCAGUGCUGCUAAGCCCCGCCCUGUCGGCCUUGCUGCAGGCCCACUCAGCCCUCUACACCGUGGCCCUCCUGCUGCUGCCCUGGCUCAUGCUACUCACAGGCAAAGUGUCUCUGGCCCAGUUCGCCUUGGCCUUUGUGGUGGACACGUGUGUGGCAGGUGCCCUGCUGUGUGGUGCUGGGCUGCUUUUCCAUGGGAUGCUGCUGCUUCGGGGCCAGACCACCUGGGAGUGGGCUCGGGGUCACCACUCCUACGACCUGGGCACCUGCCACAACCUGCAGGCAGCCCUGGGGCCUCGCUGGGCCCUAGUCUGGUUCUGGCCUUUUCUAGCCUCUCCUUUGCCUGGAGAUGGGAUCACUUUCCAGACUCCAGCAGAUGUGGGUCUUGUGACUUCCUGAGUCCAGGUAGAGCCAGAACUGUACAGGGCAGAAGGGAGUAGAGGAUCGAACUGAGAGAUUGUUUUUAGCUUCAUUCCGGCCACAGGAGGGAGGCCAGGUUGCCCCUUCAUGUGUGUAGUGGGCAGCUCUGGCUCCUUUGAACCUGACCAACGUGGGUUCUUUCUUCUCUGUAGUUGGCCAUUUUGGCAGAGGAGGGUCUAGCAAGGGGGCUACUUGGCCUGACUGACUCCCCCUCUACAGUAAAGUGCCAUCCUGGUUCUUGGCCUCCCCAUCUUUGCCAGGUUCCUAUCCCUCACUUUGUUGGUUUGGUUGUUGUUUCCCAGUUCCCAUGUCGGGCCUGGAGACUACAGAAGGCCUGAGAUCCCAAUGGGCCAGGGCUCUGCCUCCUCUGACCCUGGCAGGGUGUGGUGGGAUCCAGGCAAGCAGAAUCCACACAUGCUCUAGAGAUUAGCACUCCAUAGAAACAUGUCUGCAGCAGGGGGUUGGAGGAAGCUCUUGUAGCUCACCUGUAUGUGGGACCACAGUAAGGAUCUAUCUUUGUUCUGUAAGAAACGGAGAAGCCUUGCUAGACCAUGUGACAAGAUUGUGGGGUAGAAAUGUAGACCUUACUGGCCUCAGACUCAAGGAAGUCCACCGGCUUCUCCUUUGAGUGCUAGGAUUAAAUGCCACCAUGACUGGCCUAAGAGGUUAGACUUGAACCCAGGUCUCUGAAUAUGGUUUACUUUUGCACAGCUGAAAUGAGGAAGGGAACAUCAGGGCCAAACAGCUUUCAAGUGCUCCAGAGUUCAUGUGUGUGUGUGUGUGUGUGUGUGUGUGUGUGUGUGUGUGUGUGUGAGAGAGAGAGAGAGAGAGAGAGAGCAUGGUUGUGUGCAUGCAUGGGCAUGUAUGUGUGGGUACCCAUGGAGACGAGAAGAGGCCGUAUUGUUUCUGAGAUGUGUCCAAAUUACUGCAUGUAGUGGUGUGGUCCUCUUUUUCUUUUCCACAUGUAGAUCUGAAUAUACCACAACCAAACACUUUCUAUUUUCUCCCACUGGUCAUUUUCCCACCCCACCCCCACCCCAUGUAUACUCCCCCCACUUAGUGGGAACCACACCCUGGGAGCCCUUGCUCUUCCUUACCAAUCUGAGAAUCAGAGCUUCAGAUUCACCAAUGAAAGCCCACCUUGAAAUAAGUGGAAUCCAAUGGACUGUAUGUUAGCUUGGAGAAAAUCAAUGUGAGAUUCAACUUUUCAUGUCAUGAACAUGGUUUAUAAAUAUUUAAAUAUUUUUAUUUUUUGAGACAGGAUCUUACAUUGUAGCUUUGUAGCUGUGGUUAGCCUAGAAAUUACUAUUUAGACUAGGCUAGCCUCAAACUUAAGAGAUGUCGCUGCCUCCUAAGCACUGGGAUUAAAUGUAUCACCAUGCCAGCUUUAAAUAUUUUCAAUAAAGCUUUUUUUUUCUGACAAA